CUCUCCAGCUUCCUAUUCCCUGUCCUCUCCUUUUCCCCUCUUUUAGCCCUCUCUCCUCUCCAUUACGGUGUAUUAAUGCUCAGCCCUCGGCCUCCUCGGUCGCCAUGCAGAAUAACCACCAUAAAGAGCAUCUCUAUAAGAUUCUGGUGAUAGGAGACCUCGGGGUGGGCAAGACCAGCAUCAUCAAACGAUACGUCCACCACAACUUCAGCCCCAACUACCGUGCCACCAUCGGGGUGGACUUCGCUCUCAAAGUGCUGAACUGGGACCAGGAGACGGUGCGCCUACAGCUAUGGGACAUUGCAGGUCAGGAGAGGUUUGGCAACAUGACCCGUGUUUACUACCGUGAGGCCAUGGGCGCCUUCAUCGUCUUUGACGUCACACGGCCUGCCUCCUUCGAGGCUGUAACCAAAUGGAAGGAGGACUUGGAUUCCAAGGUGACGCUUCCCAACGGGAAACAUGUGGCCACUGUGCUUUUGGCCAAUAAAUGUGACCAGGGUCGGGAUGUGCUGACCAAUAAUGGAAUAAAGAUGGAGCAGUUCUGCCAGGAGAACGGCUUUGUGGGAUGGUAUGAGACAUCUGCUAAGGAAAAUAUCAACAUUGACGAAGCAGCUAACUGCUUGGUGAAGCACAUUAUCGCCAGUGAGAACGACAUGCUCCAAUCAGAAGUCCCCGACACCAUCUCUCCCCAAUUAGACAAGGGCAAGAGCGGGACCUGCUCCUCCUGCUUCAGAUCCCAGUGACAGCUCAUGACAGCUAGAUGUGUUUUUGCAUCUUCUUACUCACGCAACAGUGUGUGUGUGUAUGUGUGUGUGUGUGUGUGUACAUCUUUUUGAGCCAGAGCGCCACACAGAUAGACAGAGAGAACAACUUCUGCUGAGAAUGGAGAGGCGCCACCUCCCGCCUCUCUAUAAAGAAAGAUGGGUGCAGCUGUGUGUACUUGUCAAAGGCAAGGUUACCCUCAAGGCAACGUGAAGCCUUGAUUCUCUGCCACAUCAGUAACCAUGGAGACACAGUUUGUGAACACACACACACACACACACACACACACACACACACACACACACACACAUAAACACACACACAGAGACUGCAGCGCACCAGAGUGCAUGUCCAUAUUAAAAGUCAAGGGAGUUUGUCUCUAUGUGCAGAUUAUGCCAUUUCUCUCUGUGUGCCUUUGUCCGUUUUUUCUCGCACUCUUCUAGCCACAUUUUUUUUCUGCCUCUUCUUCGCUCUUUUUCCUCUCUAUCACCAUGUUUCAGUUUCUGUCUCCUCAUCCCUCCCAUCUCUUUCUGCAUCUCAUUUGUGUGACAAAUUUGUUCCAAUGUAAUUUUGGGGCUAAUCAGUAGACAAAAAGCGGAGCUAUAUCUCAUUUCAGUUCAAUUAUUCCAAGUAAUUCCCUCUCAGUCUUUAUAAUACUGGGAUAUGUUCCUAGCUAUGGUUGCUUUAGAACUGGUUUAAUUUCAUUCUAUACACAUUCAUUUUUUAUAGCACUGUCAUUUUGAAGAAAGGAUCCAGUCUUUCAUUGUAUAAAGUCUGGCUUCAGUAUUUUCUAAAUGUAUAGCAGAUUUUAUCGGUGUAAUUGAUAUAAGUGGCUUUUAUAAUGCAAACCAUUUUAUUUAAUUUCUUCAACAGAUAUUUUCACAGUGCUUAACUGUAUUUCCACCCUAUUUUGCAACAGUCUGUUUUAUAUACAGAGGUAGAACGGAUAGAGCGUUCCUCAACAUUUUCUAGUUUUCUAAAUCAACUCAUUUCCAUGGCAACAUCGUCCAAAUUCUAUGAAUAACAUCUUGAGCGUCAUAAUAAAACAAAAACAUGUCCAAUCUAUUAUUUUUAAUUCUGUGGUUUUGUAUAUCAACCUCCAGUUUUUACUCCAUUGUUCAUAAUUUGUAAUAUUUGUAAUUAUGGGAUGAAUGCAUUUAUUUACACAUGUACAUAUUAUAUAUUUAGUCAGAUUACAGAAUUAAGAUGUAUCCAGUAGUAGGCAUGUUAAUGUGAAUAAAGCAUAGCUUUCCUGA